GAACGCAAUGCGGAGAACGCCAUCGAGGCCCUGAAGGAAUACGAGCCGGAGAUGGGCAAGGUGUAUCGCGCCGACCGUCGGGCCGUGCAGCGCAUCAAGGCCAGGGACCUCGUACCCGGGGACAUCGCUGAGGGCACCAACAUCGGGGCAGGCAAAGCCGUGGGCAUCGUGGUGGCGACGGGCGUGAACACAGAGAUUGGGAAGAUCCGCGACGAGAUGGCGGCCACGGAACAGGACAAAACCCCGUUACAGCAGAAACUGGACGAGUUCGGGGAGCAGCUCUCCAAAGUCAUCUCCCUCAUCUGCGUGGCCGUGUGGCUCAUUAACAUCGGGCACUUUAACGACCCCGUACACGGAGGGUCCUGGAUCCGAGGGGCCAUUUACUACUUUAAAAUAGCUGUGGCCCUGGCUGUGGCUGCUAUACCCGAAGGUCUCCCGGCUGUCAUCACCACGUGUCUGGCUUUGGGGACGCGGCGGAUGGCCAAGAAAAAAACGCCAUCCUUUCCCAAUUGAGUCCCAUUGAGUCCAUUGAAUCCCAUCUGCUCCGACAAGACCGGCACCCUCACCACCAACCAGAUGUCUGUCUGCAAGAUGUUCAUAGUGGACAAGGUGGAGGGCGACGUCUGCAGCCUCAAUGAGUUCUCCAUCACCGGAUCCACAUACGCACCCGAGGGCGACGUGCUGAAGCAGGAGAAGCACGUGAAGGCCGGGCAGUACGACGGGCUGGUGGAGCUGGCCACAAUCUGUGCCCUGUGUAACGACUCGUCAUUGGAUUAUAAUGAGGUAUGGACCCAUAGCAACCCAUAGCGACCCAU